AUGAAUAUAAUUAAAAAUAUUUCAUUUUAUAUUUUAAUUACGAUAAUUUAUUUGAUAAAGCAACGAUGUUUAAUGAUAAAUGAAACUCAAAUGGUGGUAAAACCGUUUAAACCAAUACCGAUCAAUAUUACUGUGGAUAGUUUACCGGCACCAUACAAUACAUCAUCAGCUGCUAAACCAGCUCAAGUUGUUCCUGUGCCAGAAGAAGCACCAUUAUAUGUACCAGAGAAUUUUUUUGUAACUAUUUAUAAAGAUGGUUUGAAUGCUCCACGCAUGUUAACCUAUACACCGACAGGCGACAUCCUCGUAACAGAAGCACAUGGAAGCAAAAUAUCAAUACUAAUUGAUAAUGAUAAUGAUGGAACCGUUGAUGAAAUACAAACAUUUGCUGAUGCAUCUAACGGUGUGAAUAAUUCAUUUGGUAUGUCUUUUAUAAACGGUUAUUUUUUUCUUGGAAAUGCAUUCAAUCUUCGACGUUAUAUAUAUCAGAAUGGAAGUCGUCGUCUUGAAGGUGUUGGUGAGAUAAUAAUGGAAUAUGAAGGUACACAUCAUUGGACACGAAAUGUGAUUAUACCCCCGUCAAAUGAUAAAGUAUAUGUUUCUGUUGGUUCCGGAAGUAACGUUGAUAUUGAAUAUCCAUCUAGGGCAUCUGUUCAAGUUGCCAAUUUUAAUGGUAGUGAUAAUAAAACAUAUGCAUAUGGUCUGAGAAAUCCUGUUGGUUUAGCUUUUCAUCCGGUAACAAAUGAUUUGUAUGUUACCGUACAAGAACGAGAUGAACUUGGUGAUGAUCUAGUUCCUGACUAUUUUACACGAAUUCAAGAAGAUGAUUUUUAUGGUUGGCCAUUUGCAUAUUUGACAUCGAAUAAUGUUGAUCCAAGACGAAAAUUUUCUAACGGUUCAUCAGAAAGACCAGAUUUAGUGAAUAAAACAAAAACACCUGAUGUUUUGUUUCAAGCACAUUCCUCUGUACUUGGUAUGCGAUUUUAUACCGGUAAAACAUUUCCACAAUAUUAUCGUAAUGGGGCAUUUGCUGCUUUCCAUGGUUCAUGGAAUCGAAAUAUGGGCACAGGAGAAAAACUUGUUUUUGUUCCAUUUGGGGAAAAUAAUCGUCCACUUGGAUAUUAUGAAGAUUUUCUUUAUGGAUUUUUGCUUGAUCCAUCGAUUCCUACUACUUUUGGUCGACCGGUUGGUUUAUUAGUUUUAAACGACGGUAGUCUGUUGUUUAGCGACGAUGGAAAUGGGAGAAUAUAUCGAGUUCAAUAUGACAACUCCAGACAAAGUACAACAACUCCGAGUAGUAGAACAACAUUUAUUCGAUCAAACAUUUGGUUGUUUACUCUUCUUCUUUUCACAAGUACUUUUUAA